AACAAGGCUGGACCUCCUCAGGGGACACAGAGCAGAGUCCCCGCCCUCGGGAGCUCAUACCCGAUCCCCCACGCUCGCCCUCGCGGCCACACCUUGAACCCCCUCCCCGACCGGCUCUACACUCAACCAGCCCGAGGCUUCCGGCAGCUCCGAGUUCGGAUUCCCCUUCUCAGCCUUCUGUGGUCACUGAAACCCUCAGGACUCCGAGGACAAGUCGAACAUGGCUUCGCCUCAGCUAUCUUCGCCAGCGCAGUAAGUCUCUGUGUCUGCGCACUCCGGGUAGAGGGAAGAUUAAACCCUCCGGGAGCCAGCGUCCGACGGUGCCUGCAAUCUAACCGGGAUUUGGGGUUCCGAGACACUUUUCCCACAAGCCACCGCCGUCAUGGAUCUUUAGGCUUAAACUACAUUUCCCAGAGGGCAACGGGAACACCCAAUCUAUGGCUUCCUUUCCGUUUUCGCGUGGUUCUUUUGCAAGAAAAAAAUUUGAAUUACACUGAUGAUACAACUAAAGGCUAUCCAAGAAAUGCUCUGGAUUCUCUGGAGUUUGAAUGUUUCUGGUAUUGGAACCCCACCGAGUAGGACUGAUCAGGUCUUACAGUUCUAAAACCAUGACCUGUUUUCAGGAAUUAGUGACAUUCAGGGAUGUGGCCAUAGACUUCUCUCAGCAGGAGUGGGAAUACCUGGACCCUAAUCAGAGGGACUUAUACAGGGAUGUGAUGUUGGAGAACUACAGAAACCUGGUCUCACUGGGAGGACAUUCCAUUUCUAAACCAGUUGUGGUGGACUUACUGGAGCAAGGAAAAGAGCCCUGGAUGAUUUUGAGGGAAGAAACACAGUUCACAGAUUUGGAUUUACAGUGUGAGAUAAUCAGCUACAUAGAAGUACCCACUUAUGAAACAGGUAUAUCCUCUGUACAACUUCAGAGCAUAUAUAAGAGAGAGAAACUCUAUGAAUGUAAGAAGUGUCAGAAGAAAUUCAGUAGUGGUUAUCAACUUAUUCUACAUCACAAGUUUCAUAUUAUUGAGAGACCCUAUGAAUGCAAAGAGUGUGGGGAGAACUUUCGUAGUGGUUAUCAACUUACUCUCCAUCAAAGAUUCCAUACUGGUGAGAAACCCUAUGAAUGUACAGAAUGUGGGAAGGACUUUAAAAGUGGUUAUCAGCUGACUGUGCAUCAGAGAUUUCAUACUGGUGAGAAGACCUAUGAAUGUAGGCAAUGUGGGAAGGCCUUUAUAUAUGCCUCACACAUUGCUCAACAUGAGAGAAUUCACACUGGUGGGAAGCCUUAUGAAUGUCAGGAGUGUGGGAAGGCCUUUAGUCAAGGUGGACACCUUAGAAUUCAUCAGAGAGUUCACACUGGCGAAAAACCAUAUAAAUGUAAGGAAUGUGGGAAGACUUUUAGUAGGCGCUCAAAUCUUGUUGAACAUGGGCAGAUUCAUACUGAUGAGAAGCCAUACGUAUGUGAGAAAUGUGGAAAAGCCUUUAGAAGAUGUCACCAACUUACUGUACAUCAGAGUGUUCACACUGGUAAAAAGCCAUAUGAGUGUAAAGAAUGUGGGAAGGGCUAUACGACUGCCUCAUACUUUCUUCUACAUCAGAGAAUUCAUAAAGGUGGAAAACCCUAUGAAUGUAAGGAGUGUAAGAAAACCUUUACUUUGUAUAGAAAUCUUACUCGGCAUCAGAAUAUUCAUACUGGUGAGAAACUUUUUGAAUGCAAGCAAUGUGGGAAGACCUAUACUACUGGUUCAAAACUCUUUCAACAUCAGAAAACUCAUACUGGCGAGAAACCCUAUGAAUGCAAGGAAUGUGGAAAGGCCUUUACCUUGUAUGGCUACCUUAAACAACAUCAGAAAAUUCAUACUGGCAUGAAACACUUUGAAUGUAAGGAGUGUAAGAAAACCUUUACUUUGUAUAGAAAUCUGACUCGACAUCAGAAUAUUCACACUGGUAAGAAACUUUUUGAAUGUCAGGAAUGUGGGAAGGCCUAUAGUACUGGCUCAAACCUUAUUCAACAUCAGAAAAUUCAUACUGGUGAGAAACCCUAUGAAUGUAAGGAAUGUGGAAAGACCUUUAGCUUGCAUGGAUAUCUUAAUCAACAUCAGAAAAUUCAUACUGGUGUGAAACCCUAUGAAUGUAAGGUAUGUAGAAAAACCUUUACUUUCUAUAGAAAUCUUACUCUACAUCAAAGUAUUCAUACUGAUGAGAAACCUUUUGAAUGUAAGGAAUGUGGGAAGACCUUUAGACGUACUUCACACCUUACUGCACAUCAGAGCAUUCAUGCUGAUAAAAAACCCUAUGAAUGUAAAGAAUGUGGAAAGGCCUUUAAAAUGUAUGGCUACCUUACACAACAUCAGAAAAUUCAUACUGGUGGAAAACCUUAUGAAUGUAAAGAAUGUGGGAAGGCCUUCAGUCGUGCUUCAAACCUUGUUCAACAUGAGAGAAUUCAUACUGGUGAGAAACCCUAUGUGUGUAAGCAGUGUGGGAAAACCUUCAGAUAUGGUUCAGCCCUUAAAGCCCAUCAGGGAAUUCAUAGGAGCACAAAAGUCUAAGACCAUAAAGAGUACGAGCUCGCCAUUCAUCAUCAGACAGUCCACACUGGUGAGAAAUGAUGGAAUGUUAGUCUUACAGGUAUGGCUUUAGCAAUUGAGAGAGUUCAAAAUGCAGUUCUUGCCACAUUAGAAAGCAUUCGAUGUUGAUAUUUUAAUGGAACAUCUGACUGUUCAAUGGUAAAUUAAGAAAAAAACAAAAACAAAAACAAAAAAGGAAUCCCAGUUUCUUCAUGCCUACAACAUCCAUGGCAUGGAUUUUUUUAUAUAAACUUAUUAAUUAAAAGGAUGACCAAAAGCCUUUCAUACUAGAUUUCAAUGGCUGUAUUACAAAUUACUCCAAGCCUUAAUGUCUUACCACAACAGUAAACAUCACUCAUAGGUUCUGAGGGUCAGAAA